AUGGAACCUAAUAUGGCAGCUGAGGUAGCCAACAUCUCCAUCGCUCAGCAUGAUCCCCUACAGAUAUGGCCUUCCGAGCCUUUCCAGUUCCAAAGCUCCCUGCCGCGUUUCCUGGCCAGCUGGUCUACCUGGCAGUAUGUGGUGACAGCUAUUCUCGCCGUUGUUGUCUAUGACCAAUUCAUGUACAUCAGACGCAAAGGUUCAAUAGCCGGACCACCGCUGAAGAUCCCGCUCAUGGGUCCAUUCAUACAAGCCCUACAUCCGAAGUUCGAAGGUUACCUUUCGCAGUGGGCGAGCGGCCCACUUAGCUGCGUAUCGGUCUUCCACAAAUUCGUCGUUCUAGCUUCCGACCGAGACAUAGCCCACAAAGUGUUCAAGUCGCCGACAUACGCGGAGCCCUGCCUAGUGUCAAUUGCAAAGGACAUUAUCGGCCACAAAGCUUGGGUUUUCCUUCAAGGAAAGGACCACGCCGAGUACCGCAGGGGAUUGACACCACUGUUUACGAACAGAGCCAUUGCCACCUAUCUCCCGGUCCAAGAGAGGGUGCUGGCUGAUUACUUUGCCAAGUUUGUUGCCGACAGCAAGGAGAAUCAGGGCCGGCCAAUGGAAUUCAUGACUAGGUUCCGCGAGAUCAAUUGCGCACUUUCAUGUCGCACAUUUUUCGGUGAUUAUAUAUCCCAAGCCGCAGUCAAAAAGAUUGCCGACGACUUCUACCUUGCAACAGCUGCCCUCGAAUUGGUCAACGUGCCUUUGUCGAUGUACAUCCCGUUCACCAAGACCUGGCUCGGGAAGCGGACGGCUGAUGCAGUCCAUGCCGAAUUUGCGAAAUGUGCAGCUGCAUGCAAGAAAAACAUGGCAACCGGCGCAAAGCCCACCUGUAUCGUUGACCACUGGGUACUUCAUAUGAUGGAAUCUAAGCGAUACCACGAAAGAAUCGCAGCAGGGGAGACAGACGCCGAGAAGCCAACGAACAUGAUUCGCGAGUUUACAAACGAGGAGAUCGGACGAACGCUGUUUACUUUCCUUUUCGCCUCCCAGGAUGCGUCUAGCAGUGCCACAACUUGGCUCUUCCAAAUCCUUGCCCAGCGACCCGAUGUACUCGACAAACUGCGAGCAGAAAACCUUGCCGCUCGCGGUGGUGAUAGGAAGAAGGCCUUUGAUCUUCCCAUGCUAGAGUCACUCACCUAUACAAAAGCAGUGAUCAAAGAGCUCCUGCGCCACCGACCACCUGUGAUCAUGGUUCCAUAUCUUGCGACCAGAAAUUUCCCUGUCACGGCCGACUACACUGUUCCCAAGGGCGCUAUGAUCAUUCCGUCCUGCUACCCAGCCCUCCAUGACCCCAAUGUUUAUCCAAACCCGGAUACCUUCGACCCCGAGCGAUGGAUCUCUGGGGAUGCUGAGUCGAAAACGAAGAAUUGGCUAGUGUUCGGCGCGGGAGCACACGAUUGCUUGGCAAGAAACUAUGUGCCACUGUCUAUGGCGGGUAUGAUUGGGAAAGCAGCGUUAGAGCUUGACUGGGAGCAUCAUGCUACGGAGAGGUCGGAGGAGAUUCGGGUUUUUGCUACACUUUUCCCAAUGGAUGGGUGUCCGUUGGUGUUCACAGAGCGUCCAUGA